CUAAUCACCUCUGUUUCUUAUAAGUAUCAUUUCCCGACGGAAUCGAUUCAGAUUCAAGUCGAUUUGCUCCUUUUCCUUGUCUCCUUUGCUCCAUGUUCAUAUUCUUCCUAACGCUUUAGAUAUGAUUCUUGAAUUACUCAGAUUGCGGCUCUUUUGUGCUUCAUGAUCUGUUAAUUUUGUGAGCUAGGGUUUCUGGAUUUUUUGAAAUGUUCAAGCUCACUCAUUGUUUGGUUUUUUCAAUUUUCCGAUGUGGAUUGCUUCUGGAAUGCUCAAAUCUGCUGUUUUUUUUUGGUACAGUACUUGCUGGACUUGCUUUCAUGUUUUCAUCUAGUAUCCUCCUACAGAUCCUGGCAUGCGCGAUAUAUGGUAACUGGUGGCCAAUGCUAUCAGCACUUAUGUAUGUAGUGGUGCCUAUGCCUUGUAUGUUCUUUGGAGGAGGCUCAACCCAAUUCCUUACUAGUCGGGAUGGUGGAGGGUGGAUAGAUGCAGCUAAGUUCUUGACGGGAGCAUCGACAGUGGGGAGCCUCGCUAUCCCAAUCAUCCUAAGGCACGCAUAUAUGAUCGAGACCGGUGCAAUGCUCAUAGAAUUCACAUCGUUCUUCAUAUUCAUUUGCACUGUCAUGUGUUUUCACCGGGCUAGUCUUGAUGAUGACUGGUAGGUAACAGAGAGCCUUGUUGCUCGUGAUUUACUAAUUGGAUUCGUAUGAGUUAUUAUGAACCCGAGAAAAAAAAAAGUGGUUAGGAAAGUUGUGUUCUUCUCACUCUUUUGUAAAGCUUUGUAUCAAUCAGUGUCUGUGUAAAAAGUUGUAUUCAUCAUUGUGAAUGUUUUCUGGAAACAAGAAGUGCCAACAAUAUGCGGUUUCACAUGUUCAGGGAACAGUUUUUCGUUGCA